UAACCAAAAACGAGUGGCCGGUGAGAUCCUUUAUAACCGUAUGCUCUGUCAGAACAUAUAUUCCUAUAAAUCAAACCUCUGUUUCACAAUGGCUAUCAACAGCUAAUCCUUAGACUAAUCAAAAACCCUCCUUAACUCCCUCUCUCUUUUUCUCUCCUUGUCCAACAACAACAAAAAGAACUAUCUGUCUCUUAGAAGAAUAACCUCAAAGAACAGGGAGGAAACAUCCAUCUAGCCUAGCUACCCUUGAUACAGUACUUAGUAAACAUGGCUCUGGCAAAUGAAAUGUUGGGGCUCACAGUAUCUAGACCAGGUGUUCCAUUCAUGAGCUCAUCGAACCAGUCAGUGGAUCUUGACGGCUGGUUCGGCCUGAACCCGGAAAGGAGAAGGGGUUUGUGGGUGAAGAGGGUAAAACCAGCAGUGGCAGCCAUUAGCAGCGAGCAGAAAUGGGUCCAAGUUGUUGUGCCUCAGAAACCAGCUGUGGGUGUUGAAGUCAGAGCUGUGGUGACUGUGAAGAACAAAGACUAUGAGGAUUUUAAGGAAACUCUGGUGAAGCAUCUUGAUAAUCUGUCUGAAAACAUUGGCAGAAAUGUUGUGUUGGAGCUCAUCAGCUCUCAGAUUGAUCCAAAAACAAAGGGGCCAUACAAGAGCAGCAAGGCAGUGUUAAAGGACUGGUCAAAGAAGUCAAACCUAAAGACAGAGAGAGUGAAUUACAUAGCAGAGUUUGUGGUGGAUUCCAACUUUGGGAUCCCUGGUGCAAUAAGUGUCACCAACAAGCAUCAACAAGAGUUCUUCUUGGAAAGUAUCACUCUUGAAGGCUUUCCAUGUGGUACUGUCCAUUUCCCUUGCAAUUCUUGGGUUCAAUCCAAGAAAAAUCACCCUAAAAGCAGGAUCUUCUUCUCUAAUCAGCCAUAUCUGCCUAAUCAGACACCUGCGGGACUAAAAGCUUUAAGGGAGAAAGAGCUUAGACAUUUGAGGGGUGAUGGAACUGGAGUUAGAAAAUUGUCGGAUAGGAUAUACGAUUUCGACGUUUAUAAUGAUCUUGGCAACCCUGAUAAGGGGAUCGAUUUUGCUCGUCCGAAACUAGGUGGCAAAAGUAUUCCUUAUCCAAGGCGUUGCCGUACUGGUCGUGUUCCAACGGACACUGAUAUACAUGCUGAGAGCAGAGUGGAGAAGCCAUCGCCAAUGUAUGUGCCGAGAGAUGAGCAAUUCGAGGAAUCUAAGCGGGAUGCAUUCUCCACUGGAAGGCUUAAAGCUGUGCUCCACAACUUACUCCCGGGGUUGCAGGCUAAGAUCUCAGAGAAAAACGUUGACCUCAAAGGAUACCAAGACCUUGAUAAACUUUAUAGUGAAGGGCUCCUUUUGAAACUCGGGAUUAAGGAUGAUGUCUUGAACAAACUCAAACUCCCAAAAAUUGUCACCAAGUUCAAAGAUGGAGACCUCCUCAAAUUCGACAUUCCUAAGAUCAUAUCAAAGGAUAAGCUGGCCUGGCUGCGUGAUGAUGAGUUCGGUAGGCAAGUACUAGCAGGAAUUAAUCCUGUUUCCGUUGAGAGGCUAACGGUUUUUCCUCCCGUGAGCAAGCUUGACCCACAAGUCUACGGCUCCUUGGACUCUGCCCUCAAAGAAGAACACAUUCUUGGAUAUCUCAAUGGCAUGUCUGUACAUGAGGCCAUGGAGUCAAACAAGCUGUACAUUGUGGAUUAUCAUGACGCCUACCUGCCAUUUGUUGACCGUAUCAAUGCUCUGGACGGUCGUGCAACGUAUGCUACUCGCACCAUUUUCUUUCUGACUGAUAUGGGCACCUUGAAACCAAUAGCCAUUGAGCUUAGCCUGCCGUCAAGCUUUCCAAGCUCGCGGUCCAAGCGCGUGGUCACCCCGCCGGUGGACGGAACCUCUUACUGGAUGUGGCAGCUCGCCAAAGCUCACGUCUGUUCCAACGACGCCGGCGUUCAUCAACUUGUUCACCACUGGUUGCGGACACACGCUUCGAUGGAGCCUUUUAUAUUGGCGGCUCACAGGCAGUUGAGCGUGAUGCAUCCGAUCUAUAAGCUUCUGGAUCCGCACAUGAGAUACACACUGGAGAUAAACGCGCUGGCUCGGCAGGGAUUGAUCAACGCUGAUGGCGUGAUCGAGUUGUGCUUCACUCCUGGUCGGUACGCCAUGGAGAUCAGUGCUGCUGCUUAUAAGAACUGGCGAUUCGACCUGGAAAAUCUCCCUGCUGACUUAAUCAGAAGAGGAGUAGCAGUGGCAGACUCAACACAGCCUCAUGGAGUUAAGCUGCUGAUUGAGGACUAUCCAUACGCGGCAGAUGGGCUUUUGAUUUGGGGUGCGAUCGAGAAUUGGGUGAAAACAUAUGUGAACCACUACUACGCGGACUCGGACGCAGUGUGCAAUGACAGGGAGCUUCAGGCAUGGUAUGCGGAGUCGAUCAAUGUGGGGCACGCUGAUCUUCGUCAUGCGGAGUGGUGGCCAACUCUAGCCACGCCACACGACCUCAUCUCCAUUUUGACGACCAUCAUCUGGCUAUCGUCUGCCCAACAUGCUGCUCUCAACUUCGGGCAGUACUCAUACGGUGGGUACAUCCCGAAUAGGCCAACCCUCAUGCGUAGGUUAAUCCCCGAAGAGAACGACCCUGAGUAUGCCGUUUUCACAGCGGACCCGCAGAAGUACUUCUUCUCUUCGCUGCCGAGCUUGUUGCAGGCUACUAAACUCAUGGCUGUGGUGGACACAUUGUCAACUCAUUCCCCUGAUGAGGAAUACCUUGGGGAAAGGCCUCAACAGUCGACGUGGACGGGAGAUAGGGGUAUGGUCAAUGCAUUCUACGACUUCUCAGCUGAGAUUCAAGAGGCUGAGAAGGAAAUCGAGAGGCGGAAUGAAGAUGCCAGUUUGAGGAACAGGUGUGGUGCAGGGGUGAUACCCUAUGAGCUUCUUGCUCCUAGCUCUUCCCAUGGUGUGACAUGUAGAGGUGUUCCCAACAGUGUGUCAAUAUGAUAUCUGAAUAAUUGAAGACUUAUAAGUUUGUGCAUGGCCGGCAGUUGAAUAUGUGUAUGCAUAAACGGAUUGCACUUUUCCAGCUAUUCCUCAAAGAAAUUUGGAAUUACUAAUGUAGAUCAAUUAAUAUAUUACAAUUAGUUGAUUUAAUUUAAACAUAGAGAAGUGAUAAAAUGGAAACAUGAAUCAAUGAAGCAUAUCCUUCCUACAAUAUUGCACUUUUACUUGGUUAAAAUCGGAAAUUUAGAUAACCGCUAUCAAGCACAUUCAUUAUUUGACAUGUAUCAACUAUCAACCAACUUUUGCCAUUUUGGCCGUCAAUUGAUCUAAUUGUG